AUGACUAUUUAUGGAGAGCUGAUGGAUAAUUUAAAAAAGAUUAUUGCCCUUGAUAGUAACAUUAAUGUUGUCAUUGUUGCUUUACAAGUGGUUGCCAAGCUGGCCAACGGACUCAGAGACCGAUUUGGUUGCUUUGUCUCAAUGUUAUGGGCACCUAUUCUUGAUAAAUCUAAGGAUAAAAAGGUCACCGUUCGUACCGCAGUCGGUCAGGCUCUCGACGCUAUUUCGGAUGUGUGUGCUACUGAUCGUCUCACCAAGGAUCUGUGCGAACAUUUAUCCAAGCCUAAUCCUCAGUCGAAACAGUGCCUCUGCGGUUUUUUAACUCGGUAUUUCGUUCGACAAAAUACUCCUCAGCUAGAAUUCGCCAAAACUGUUUUGCCCGUUGUUGUAAAGGUCGAAGAGUACUGCGUCGAGGCGACAAAGCAGCAUGAGGAGUUUCUCGCUAGUCGCCCACAAAAGGAACGUUCUAGUGGUUAUGCGUCUGGCGAUACCGUCGAGUCAACG